UUGAGAAUGUGCUCAGUGCCAGCAGCCAGCGCUGGAGGGGGACAUGAGCCUAUAAAACAUCUCGAGCCCUCUCUAACUUCCUUACAGGCGGUGCUCUUUCAGACCGGUUUUACUUCCUCCAGUCUCCCUCGCUUCUCUCUUCCUUAACUCAUUGUUGGAUUACUUAUCUAGAUCAGUAAACAUGGCAACGCUGAGAGCUCUGAGAAAAUUCUGCCAGCAAUCUAAGCAUCAAGUGUGCAGUCUACAUAUGUCCGCAUCAAGACAGGAAGCUGUGGUCAUCUCAGGCAGGAAGUUGGCCCGUCAGAUCCGGGAGGAGGCCAGGGCCGAUGUAGAACAGUGGGUCUCCACUGGCAACAGGAGACCCCACCUGAGCGUGGUCCUUGUAGGAGAUAAUGUAGCCAGUCACUCCUACGUCCUGAAUAAGACCCGGGCUGCAGCUGAUGUUGGUAUCAGCAGUGAGACCAUCCUGAAGCCCUCCUGUAUCGCUGAGGAUGAACUCAUGGACCUGAUCUACAAACUCAACACAGACCACCGGGUGGAUGGCCUGCUGGUGCAGCUGCCUCUGCCAGAACACAUUGACGAGCGGCGCAUCUGUAAUGCUGUGUCCCCCGACAAGGAUGUGGACGGCUUCCAUGUGGUCAAUGUAGGCCGCAUGUGCCUGGACCAGUCCAGCAUGCUGCCCGCCACUCCCUGGGGAGUCUGGGAAAUCAUCAAACGCACAGGAAUUCCUACCCUUGGAAAGAAUGUUGUGGUAGCGGGACGCUCCAAGAAUGUGGGCAUGCCCAUUGCCAUGUUGCUGCACUCGGAUGGACGCCAUGAGAGGCCAGGGGGUGAUGCCACGGUCACUAUCUCUCACCGUUACACACCAAAGGAACAGCUCCGUCAGCACACAAGAAUUGCAGACAUCAUUGUUGCUGCUGCAGGGAUUCCAAACCUCAUCACCGCAGACAUGAUCAAAGAAGGAGCAGUCGUUAUUGAUGUUGGAAUAAACAGAGUGCAUGACCAUGUGACUGGCAAGGACAGACUUGUAGGGGACGUGGAUUUUGAAGGUGUGAGACAAAAGGCUAGCUUCAUUACCCCAGUGCCUGGAGGAGUAGGACCCAUGACAGUGGCCAUGCUUAUGAAGAACACAAUCAAGGCAGCUAAGAACCUCCUGCUGACUCCCGCUGAGAGGAUCCGCAUGGUAGCCUCUUCAUAACAGGCCAUACCUGACUCCAUCAAGUGACACAUUCCAUCCCGCCACCCCUUCCCUUUUUACUCUGAGCAACUCGGCGAACUCCACUGCACACAGACACAGAUCGAAACAUGAUUGCUUUAGGAUUCUCAACUUGCUGGUACCUUCCACUUUCAUAAUCUCCACCUGCCAUUUCAGACAAUUACCAUUUCAGCCAUUCAGCUACACACAAGCUAUACGCCUUACAAAAGUAUUCAUCCCCCUUGGCGUUUUUCCUAUUUUGUUGCAUUACAACCUGUAAUUUAAAUGGAUAUUUAUUUGGAUUUCAUGUAAUGGACAUACACAAAAUAGUCCAAAUAUGGUAAAAUGAAAUUUUAAAAMUAACUUGUUUAAAAAAAUUCUAA